UUGCCAGGGAAACAUUAUAGCUUGGUUCCUUAGGUGGAAAAGAGAAGCCGGUCUGGAGAAUAUCUCCCCUCCUCGGGUACCCCAGAUUGUUACGCCAACAUGGGGGUAUCUUUCCCGCUUACCGCAGAGGAGUAGGGAAACAGCCUCUCGGAUCCUAGCGUGGAAGAGAAAGGCCAGGAACACGAAGGUGACUGCAUUUCUUGUGAGAUUGUAAAUGUACCAUGGAAGUUAAAAGUAGCUUAAGAAGAAUGGAAAAAGGCCAACUAGAAGCCUCAAGUCUUCCAUCAGAAGUCUGGCAUUCUGAGGUGACAGUGUCAGUGACAGGCGAGCCACCUGGUGCUGUAGAAGAAGAAGAAGAAACAGCUGAAGAAACAAACAUAGAAAUCAUCCCGGAAAUCAUAGAACCACUCUCCAUUCUAGAUGUGCUGAGGAUCUCCGCAGUUCUGGAGGAUACCACAGAUCAGCUCUCUAUUCUAAACUAUAUCAUGCCAGUUCAGUAUGAAAGAAGACAAAGUGUCAACAUGAAGAAAAAUAAAGAAAUCAAUUUUGAAGGAAAGACCUUAGAAAAACUUUCAGAUGACCCAAAAACCUCAAUAAUAACGAGUCCAUUCUUACCUAAAGAAGAAACCAAGUUGCCAGAAAUCAGACAAGGAAGCCAAUUGGCCAACGGAUUUAACAAAACGCAAGAUCUUGUCUUCAAAAAACCUAUAAGACAGACCAUAAUGUCUACGGAGACACUGAAGAAAAUUCAGGUAGAUAGGCAGUUUUUCAGUGACAUAAUUACAAAGACCAUGCAGGAGCUGCAGGAGUCAGGCACUUUCACCAGUCUCUUGGAAGCUUUGGGCAAAGAGAGGGAAAACAGAAAGCAUUUCUAUGAUAUCAUUGCCAGGGAGGAAAAAGGAAGAAAACAGAUAAGAUCUCUUCAAAAACAGCUACUUAACGUCAAAAGAGAACGGCAAGCUGAGGUACAGAGUCAGAAUGAAUAUAUUGCUCACCUCAAGGACCAGUUGCAAGAGAUGAAGGCAAAAACCAACCUGGAGAAUCGCUAUAUGAAGAGAAACACUGAGCUGCAGAUCUCCCAGACCCAGAAGAAAUGUAACAGAACAGAGGAGCUCUUGCUGGAAGAGAUAGAGAAACUAAGGUUGAAAACCGAAGAAGAGAAUCGGAUUCAUAUGGAAAUUGAAACGUUCCUUAGAAAGGAGCAGCAGAAACUUGAGGAGAAGCUAGAGUUCUGGAUGGAGAAAUUUGAUAAGGACACAGAAAUGAAACAGAAUGAACUAAAUGCUCUCAAAUCUGCUAAGGCCAGUGACUUAGCACACCUUCAAGACCUUGCAAAAAUGAUAAGGGAGUUUGAACAGGUCAUCAUUGAAGAUCGGAUAGAAAAGGAGAAGACCAGGAAGAAGAUAGAACAGGAUCACUUGGAACUCAAGAGCGUCUUACAGCUCCAGGCCUGGUGGCGAGGCACUAUGGUACGGAGGGAACUUGGUGGUUUCAAAAUGCCUAAGAAGGACAAAGAUGAUAUCAAGGAUUCCAAAGGUAAAGGCAAAGACAAGAACAAGCGGAGAGCCAAGAAAAAGUGACAUUCUCUUGCCUUUUCCUCUGGUAUUCUGGAGCUGGGAAGGUGGACUUGAAAACAUUUUACCAGCGCAGAGAACUCAUCUACAGGUUGUUUCUUAUUUGGACAUUUCCAGGUGCUGCCUGGUGUUUUCACUUUGCCUGUUGUAUUAGUUUGCAAACCCUGAAUUAGGACUAUACUGCUGACUUAGGGCUUCUUUUGAGAAAUUUUUGGUGGGAAGUAUUUCUAGGAGGCUUAUGAAGAUUCUUCUUGCUCUUUCUUACUAGAAAAAAGUCAAGGGCUUAGUUAUUGUGAUGCAUUAAAACUUCAGUAAUUUCUGUAAUGUUCCUGAUUCUAUCAUUUGUCUACAGUGACAAAACUCUUUAUGAGCAAAAGUGUUCAGUCAGAAUUCCAAGACGAUGCUUAUAAAGUGUCUAGCAUAAUAUAGACACAGUGAAGUUCCACAGGUUGGUUCCUUUCUGCCUUUUAGAUUUGUUAUCACUUUAGUGUUUUUGUUGGGGUGGCGGCGGCAUGGAAUAUGUAUCUUACUAUAAGCUGCUUCAGCUCCUUUUCUGGGAAAUAGGUAGGGAUAUAAAUUAUAAAUUAAAAAGAUAAAUAAUGAAUUAGAAUAAACAGAUACGAGAUGUUAGGGUGUACAACCCACACACAGUAAAGUUGGGGGACACAGGCCUGCUGGAAGACUAGCUUGGAGAGAUUUUCGAUCAUGAGACACCAGGGUCUAUGCCUGCUUUGCUUCCUCAACAAUUUUCACCUUGCAGGACAUUAAGACUAAAACAGUAAGGAUAAUCCAAACAGAAUGCCUUGGGGUGCUAAAGCUUUCCCUGCAGCAUAGUUGGUAAUUUAUGAGAGAAAAGUGUCCAAAUAUCACAUGUAUUUCAUGAAUUAAGCCUUAUAUGUGAUUCCAAAUAUAGGGAAAUACUGAUAUCUGUAGAGUAAAACAAACAAACAAACAAACUGAUCUCAAGGGCCUGUUAUGAGGACCCAGUUUCUACUGAUGUUCCUUCGGGGAAUUAAAUACCCUUUCAUUUUAGCCAAGGAAAUCAUGCUUUAGGUAUGAACAUUUUCAAAUCAGCCUUUAUUUCACGCUAUUGAAGUGUUGGCUUUUAUUUUAAUGUCAACGUGUAAGGUGGCAUACAGGCAAUUUAAAAUAACAUACAUGAUAUUGACAUAUUUAUACUUAGAACUUAUGCAUUAUAUUUACAGACACACAAAUAUAGGACAAUGUUUUACAAAAUCUUUCACUAAUUACAUGUUUACAACAUUUUCAGAAAUAAAAUGAAAUCCGCUGUAAACCAUCUCACUGCAAUACUUAUAUAUAAAAAGGGUUCUAAAUAUCCAUGUUUUCCUUCAUUUCUAUAACCAUUUUAAGCGCUUAGUUGUUAAAAAUUCAUCAUACUCGUCAGCACAGUCACACAUCAUUAGUCACUGCUGAGCUGUAGCAAGUAAGAAAAAUCAGACUCCUCGAUUAGCUGUAAGGCUGUAUUUUAAAAAGCUAUUAAAGAAAGUGACCUGCUAAGAAGCCCCCUACUCUGUUCUAGCUAAAUACAAAGGCCCCUCUGCCCAUAAGUUAUUUCCAGAGACCUGGCUGACUUACGAUGUCCGUAGCUGGCAGGGGCCCUGCUGGGUGGGCACUUUAGCCUUUUCUCUGUUCACACUUCAAGCACUGGGCUGGUCACCGCUUCAGUAGGAAGCUCACAAAUGGUCAGGUGGAACCGUUACAACAUCGUCUUCAUCUUAUACUGCAGUCUAGCAAGGCUAAAUGUGAAAUUUUCUUUCCAGUUUUUUUUAAGUACAUACAAAACACUGAAUACAAAAAUUUUUCAACAAAACCAUCAUGAAAUGUUUCUGCAUCUUGACAAAGGAAAGAAAUUCAAUAUGCUUGAUAUUUUUCUUCAUUAUCAACCAAAACUGUACACAAUUUUUUUCUAGCAAUUCAAAUAUAAAUUUGAAUUAGUUUGAUAAGAAUACAUUAAUAAGGUUUCACGUUAUGUGUGAAAUGUGAAAUAAGUGGAAAUUUCCAUUUAUUCAUAUGGGAUAAUUAGUUGCAAAUGUCCCAAAUGUUGUAUUAUGUAUGUCUUCUGGGGUUAUUCUUGCAUAGUAGGUGACAAAACAGUCCUGUUCUUUGCUGAGUUUCAAAUGACUUCUAUUAUUCAGAGAUUGUACUGAGGUUUAAUGUUGACUAGAAGGAGAAAUACCUAUAGUUUAAAAAUGCACACAAAUUCUAAACAAGUCCCAAUUGGAGGGUAUGUUUGGAACUGUAAAUAUAAUGGGGUCUGGCUCUAAACACUUAAAAGACAUUUUACUUUUGUUCUGUAAGAACAGUGAAGAACUGGGUUUUGAGCUCAGAUGCUUUAUGGUCUUUCAUAUUAAACUUGGACAAAGUGGUAA